AACUUAACUUCAAAGAUUUUCUGAAUUUAGUCCAAAAUAAUGAGUGGAAAGCGGUCAAGAACUCCUAGUCUUAAAAAUAUGCGUCAGAUCACAGAGAUGCAGAAUGCGGCUAGAGCAGGGAAGUUCAGUGAAGCGGAGAAGAAGAGACUCCAGGCUUUCUUGGGCGAAUUACUGCGUACUGGAUGCUUGAAGGGAUUCAAGUAUUUUGCCCUCUAUCUGAGAGGAAGAGAGGAGUUGAUAUGCCGUGUUCUUAAUGAACCAAUGUCUUCAGAGAUCCUGUCUUACUACACAUCACCAACGUCUGGGAAAAUGAGGAGUGGUUCAUCAAGCUUUACCUUUGAUUCACCUCCAGCUCUGCCUCGCAAUGAUCAAUCGCUUAUCAUGUCUGCCAACACACAAAAAAGCCUUAGUGGAUAUGGGUUUAUGGAUAUCGGCCUGCCACCUGCCAGCCCUAGUGAGCGUGAUAUUGACCUCAAGGAUGACAAAUCUACACUAUUUUUGAUUGCAUGCUAUGCUCGGUACAACUGUCCCUAUGUUUGGGUAAGGUCAAAUCAUGAGCGACUUGUGUGUUUUUCUGCUGAUGAAGAAAUUGCCAAUCAACAAAAAGACAGUCCACUCAAGCUAAGGUCUACUUCAAGCUGGAAAAAGAGAGAUACCAAGCUGUGGGACAUUAUUGCCGAGAUUGUCAAGCUCUGUAUGUACCCUGCUCCACUGAAUCCCUUCACUGUUGACUUCAAAUAUUUUGAGGGGUUGCCCUCAGGGGAGAGACUAAUAGCUACUGGGGCCAUGGCAAGCUUCCUGCAGAAAGUCGUGACAUCUGGGGAGCAUGCAUACAAUGCUAGAGUGCUAGAUGACCUAGGAGAACUAACACGUCGUCAUUUCAAAGAUCUUCAAACCUUUACCAGGCAAAGCCACAGUGCAGGGGCUAAUAGCCAGUCAUACCAAGUGCCACCACAACAGGGAACACUUUACCACCAAUCCGGACCUCUACCCCCUUAUAGUUCACAGUAUCAAACUCAAUAGCUAAAAAAAAUCGUGGACUCAGGCGUUACAGUUAAAGGACUUAUAGUUAGUACUAAUAGCAAUGACAUGUUUUAUAAUUGAAGGUAUUUUCAGGGUACUUUUCAAAGUGCAUUACAGGAGACACUUGCAGUAGCAUGAUGAAAUGAUCUUAACAAUCUAGAAAGGAACCAGAUUACCAAGACCUCCAAGGUUUUAAAUUACCUUGACUUUCAAUGUAGCUUGAAUUUCAAGUAAUUUGUUGUAUAGUUUUUCAAGGGAUUUUGCUUAGUUUGUAUUGCUUAGUCAAGUACUCACACUUACAAAGCAAUUCAUGCCUGGCAUUCGACAUUCGAUUAUAAAUAAUUACUGUGACAUAUGAUUUCGAAAGUGAUAACAAUAUUUAUUAUAAUAGGUGUGCUUUAACAAGGAAAAGUCCUUGUAAAUACCCUCCACCUUUAUAAGCAACCCCCCCCCCCCCUCCCAUGAAAGAAGUCCAACUUAUUUAUGUAUUAUGGAGAUGUGUAAUGGAGAUCAUGCAGUGAAUGGUGUUAAAGAUUAGAUGAUUAGAAAAUAAAAAAACAACAUUUA